UGUCCUGCGCACUGCGAGCAGCGGCCUCACCGACUGGUACAAACAACCAUCCAAGAUGUCUUCCUCCAUGGGCAGCGGGAUGUUCCCUGGCCAGCAGUCUGCUGGUCCUCACCCUGUCGGCGGCCCGGGUCAGCCGGGACUACUGUCUGGAGCUCCAGGGAACAGGGUCCAGGGCCCCAACACUCUAGUAGACGACCUGGAGGCUUCUUUCGAGGCUUGCUUUGCGUCCCUAGUGAGCCAAGACUACGUGAACGGAACCGACCAGGAGGAGAUUCGGACAGGUGUGGAUCAAUGUAUUCAGAAGUUUCUGGAUGUCGCCAGACAGACUGAAUGUUUCUUCCUGCAGAAGCGUCUUCAGUUAUCAGUCCAGAAACCCGACCAGGUGGUCAAAGAGGAUGUAUCUGAGCUGCGUAAUGAGCUCCAGAGGAAAGAGCUGCUUGUUCAGAAACACCUGUCUAAGCUGCACCACUGGCAGCAGGUUCUUGAGGAUGUCAGUGUCCAGCAUCGUAAACCAUCAGAUCUCCCUCCACCUGGACCCCUGGCCUUCCUAGAACAGGCCUCAGCUAUCCUACCCGCUGCACCACUCAAACAGAGCUAACACACACACACACCCCUGGCCUUCCUAGAACAGGCCUCAGCUAUCCUACCCGCUGCACCACUCAAACAGAGCUAACACACACACACACCCCUGGCCUUCCUAGAACAGGCCUCAGCUAUCCUACCCGCUGCACCACUCAAACAGAGCUAACACACACACACACCCCUGGCCUUCCUAGAACAGGCCUCAGCUAUCCUACCCGCUGCACCACUCAAACAGAGCUAACACACACACACACCCCUGGCCUUCCUAGAACAGGCCUCAGCUAUCCUACCCGCUGCACCACUCAAACAGACCUAACACACACACCACACACACACACACCACACACACACACACACACACACACACACACACACACACACACACACACACACACACACACACACACACACACACACACACACACACACACACACACACUCUCUCUCUCUCUUCUGGACACCAUCUUAGUUUUCUUGUUGACUUGUGUAAAUAUUUCUGAGUUUGUUGUUGUUUUGUCCUGACAGAAUAAAUGAGUUUGGAUCAGAACACCAGUUGUUUUGUCCUGACAGAAUAAAUGAGUUUGGAUCAGAACACCACUAGAUGUUUUUGUCCUGACAGAAUAAAUGAGUUUGGAUCAGAACACCAGUUGUUUUGUCCUGACAGAAUAAAUGAGUUUGGAUCAGAACACCACCAGUUGUUUUUGUCCUGACAGAAUAAAUGAGUUUGGAUCAGAACACCACCAGUUGUUUUGUCCUGACAGAAUAAAUGAGUUUGGAUCAGAACACCAGUUGUUUUGUCCUGACAGAAUAAAUGAGUUUGGAUCAGAACACCACUAGAUGUUUUUGUCCUGACAGAAUAAAUGAGUUUGGAUCAGAACACCAGUUGUUUUGUCCUGACAGAAUAAAUGAGUUUGGAUCAGAACACCA